GGCAGAAAACUGUUUUGUGAAGCCUACUUUGGAGCUGAAUUCAAGGUGCAUGGAUGGGAUUAAAGUCAAAAGGCUUCCUCAAACAUGAAACUAGGUAUGUUUAUGAACAAAGGUAAGGAAUUGGAUGAAGAAUUGGAGUUCUGGAAGGCCUCGAACGAAAGGCGUGAAGUUAGUACAAAAGUUGCCUUUUGACUGUUUUUCUGGCAGCUUACUUGUGCUUCAAGAAAGGGAGUUUAAACCCGAAUUUUGUGUCCUUUUUAGUGUAGACUUCUACCUUAAUUGUUGCCUAGUUCUAUUAGGUUUGUAUUAGGUUUUAUUUGCCUUUAAAUACCGUUCUAUUUACGUUGUAAAAACAUAAGAGUUGAUUAAUCGAAAAAAAACCCUUUGGUUUUGUGCAAGUUGCGACUUGUUUGAGUUUGGUGGAUUCCAAGCUUGUGAGCUUUGUAUCGAUUGAAUAUUCUCUUCAAUCGUGGUCGAGCAGCUAACCUUUUAUACCAUACGAGCUUUCCCCAGGUGUGGAAUUGUCCAUUGGUUCAUUUUUAUCCCAAUUUCGUAUUAAGAACGCGUUGUUCUUGAUUCGAAUUCAAUCAAUUUUUAGAUUGAUUGUUUGCUACGUGACUUUGGUAAAAAUACGUCCCCCAGGGUGGUAUUAAGAGUUUUGUCCCAAAAUAUUGGCCAAGUUUGAGAAAAUUGCAGAAGAAAGUGAUGCUUGUCAUAUCACUCAUAAUGGGAAGAAUGAGUAUGAAGUUCGACAUCAUAAUGAGAGGUUUACAGUUUCAAUACCAAAUUUGAGUUGUUCCUGCAGAGUGUGGGCGAUAACUGGGAUCCCAUGUGCCCAUGCCAUCACAUGUUUGGCAUUUGAAGGAAAGACGCCUGAAAUGUACAUCUCUGGAUACUUCAAAACAAUGAAGUGAAGAAGCACAUAUGAAAACGUGUUGGAACCCAUGGAUGGACCAAGGACAUGGAUACGAAGUGACUAUGAGGCCAUCCUCCCACUAGAUUUUAGAAUUAUGCCCGGGAGACCAAAGAAGAAGAGAGUGAGAAGUGUCGAGGAAGUGGAGGACAAGAGGAGACAAAGAAAGAAUCAUGUGUAUACUUCUAAAGAGUUGUUGGCUCGUGAUAAAAAUGAUGAAACAAAGCUUGGUAGAAACGGGAGGGUAAUUGAGUGCAAAAACUGUACAUAAUUAGGUCACAUGUUUCAAACCGAAGUGAACUCAGGUAUGUACAGUCUAUAACUUUACGUUUUCUUCAAUUCUAAUCAUUUAUCAUAACUAGUUUAUUUAUUUAGUAAAAUGUAUGGACUAGGAGAAUGGAACUCUCCCGGGAUAUGGUGGGGAUAGAACAGGUGCUGCAUAUGUUGGUACCUCAAAAAACCAAGUAAGUUUCAUAUGAUUUCUUUAGUUGUGUUUUUUUUAUUCGUUAACGGUGGUUUGGGAUUUAUAGACCCAUUCCAUUGUUCCAAUGAUUUUCAUGUGGGACUUACUUGAACGCCAUUUGUGGAUCUAUGUUUGAAAUGAUUAUCAUGGAAAAAAUGUAUAUUGUGUUUGUUUGUUUGUUUAGGAUAAUGGUGGCGCUAGUAGCAGUAGGAGGAAGCCAACAACUAAGAAGAAAAUGUCAUUUAUGAGUGUGAGAAGCAUUGGAAUAACGACAAAAGGUUUUGGCGUUCUAAACGUAAGGAUGCAUGAAAAAUAUAUAGUGUAUAUAUUGCUAAAGAAGCUACUGCUAUGCUAAUGUUUUUUAUUUUCUAUUUUGAAAUGCAGCCUGAUUUGAUUAGGAAGACGAUGCUUGAAUGCCCGAAUCAAGGACAACGACAACAAAGGAAAGGCAGGUUCGGUGGUACACAAUAAAGUACCACCACCACUUUAAAUUAGAACGAAAUAUGCGUUGGAUAGUAGGAAUUCACUCCACAUUUUUUCAUCAUUUUAACGAUGUACCAUGAAUCAUGGAUACGUUGAAUGUCUUUUUCAUCUAGACCUUGUAUGUCAAAAUGGGUGAUGGACAAACUACCUUCUCGAUGACUAUAUUUUGCAUACGUGUACCAUGACAAGGUUGUUAUAUGGAGUUUUAACUAAAGUUCAGUUUCAUGGAUUUUUAAUUUCAGCAUUCGAAAAAGCAAAAGGUUCUGGAUGAAAAUAGCUAGUACAUGAUUUGUAAUAAUUUAUAGCAUAAUCAAGAAAUAAGAAUACGUGAGUUCAGUUGCAAAACCCUAGCGCUCCGAGUUUUUCAUAGGUUUUUAUGAAAUCGUGAGUUUUCUUUCGAGUGCGAUGGCGUCAGUGCUGUCAGCAACCGCCCCGGUCGCGACAGACAAACCAGCGGCCCUAAGUAGCAUUCGCCGGCCGAUUACGGUCUCUUCCUCGCUAAAUGGCAAAAGCAAAAGGGAAAUUUUUCAGUUGAAGAAACGCGUUCGACCUCUUGACCUAGAGAAGGAGAAGGUAGGAUUGGAAGGACUUGCUACGGAAAUGGAAAUUGAUACCUCGUUGGGGGCACCCAAGCAGAUGGCAAAGUGGGGAAGGCAUUGACUGGGUUGUAUAAUAGUGCAGAAUGGCUAUUCAAAAGCCAACUGGAUGAUGAGGGCUAGUAUAUUGCCGAUUUUUAUUCUGAAGAUGUGGCAAAUAACGAGAAAGAGGAGGACAAUGAGAUUACAGAAGAAGAGUUUGAUCCAUAAUGCCCACCAAUCCUCUACAUAGUUGCAGAAAAAAUCAGAUGGAGGAGGGAAUGGAGGUAGGUCCUGGUUGUAAAAGGAUUAGGGCAACGCGCCCACUUUCUGCCCCUUUCUCGAAGACUGAACUACCUUUGGGCUCGCCAUGGCGAGAUCUAGACAACGGAUAUCAAGAACGGUUGCUUUUUGGUGCGGUUUAAAAAUCAUUUGGACUAUGAACUGGCAUCGUUAGGUGGACCUUGGAUGUUGGGCAAUACAUAUUUAACGGUCCACCGUUGGUUUAAGGGUCUUAAUCCCUAGACCACGAUAACUAAAUCGAAAAUUGUUUGGGUUCAGCUCCCCGAAUUACCAGUGGAGUUUGUGAACAAAGAGGCUAUAAUGAGGAUAGUUGAACGCAUUGGUAAGCCUGUAAGGGUGGAUAGAGCGAGAUCGACAGAAUUAGGGGCAAGGGCUCCAUUUGCAAGAGUUAGUAUGAAGGUGGAUCUCACGAAACCACUACUCUCGAAAUACAAGAUAGAAGGAAUCAAGUACUUAAUUCAGUACGAGGGGUUGGAUAACAUAUGUGGUGAAUACAGAAGGUAUGGGAAUGGAAUCGAACUGUGUGAAUGCAAGUAGGUGCGGACUGAGGUGGAGAUGGAAAGUGUUGAAGCGGUUCUUGAAAUGCAGCCGGCGGACCCAUCAAAUGGUUGUGCUUACAGGGACUAGAUGAUGGUGAAGAAAAAGAGAAGCAAACUAAUCCAACAUGACAUAAAUUCAGAGAAAUAGAAGUGCAUCACUCUAACAACCGUUUUGACGUACUGCAUGAGCAGGGGAAGGAAGUUAAUAGUCCCAUGCACGAGGAGUUUCAGGAACCUAGCCAGGGAGAAAAGAUUAAUGAGGACACAACAGAGAGGGAGGAAAGUAAUUAAGACAACAUGCCACCUAUAAAGGAGAAGAGAUUCACUUUUAAACGUAUGGAACAACAGGUAAAGGGGGGGGGGGGGGUGAUAUAAUGAAGAAAACCACCAAUGAGAAGAAGAAAGUGGGAGCGAAGGAAGGUGGACAAAAGACGUUGGGAAGAGGGUUGGAUGGCAACGCGAUACCCAUUUGGAGAUUGUUGGUCGAAUAAUACCUCAAGGGGUGGUCGAGCAGGUGGUUUGAGUCUUUGGUGGGUAGAGGAGGUUGCAGCCAUGGUAAUAUAUGCCUCGCUCCGCUGCAUUGAUGCAAAAAUAGUUGAUGAUAGAGAGUUUGUAUGGAGAUUCACGAGUCUGUAUGGGUGGCUGGAGGUAGGCAGGAAAAAGAAUACAUGGGAUUUUAUGCGAGACCUAGCAUCCCAAUGGGAAGGCCCUUGGUUGUGUGGUGGGGAUUUCAACGAAAUCCUAGCAGUGGAGGAAAAAAGCGGGGGCCAAAAUAUGGAGGAGAGGGACAUUGCUGAAUUUCACGACUGCCUCCUAGGAACAAAAAUGGAAGCUGGCAGAGGAACUAGCAAAUUUAAAAGACAAUGAAGAGAGUUACUGGAAACAAAGAUCAAGAUCGGACUGGUUGAAAUAAGAGAUACGAACACGAAUUAUUUUCACAAACAGGAUACUGCUUGGAGGAGGAAAAAUACUGUUCGGAAGCUCAAGGCUGGCUCUGGGCAAUGGUAUGUUGGAACUGAGAGGCUUUUUGACUGCUUUAUGAGUUAUUUUGCUGAUCUCUUCACUGAAGGAGAGGAUCCGAUCGAUAGUUCGGUUCUGAAGGCCAUUCGGAAAUCGGUGACUAGUGAGGAUAAUCAAAUUCUCGGUAGGGA